UCAAAUAUUGCAGAAGGCAGUUUGCAAGGCACUUUAGCGUCAUGGCAAACCCAUUAAUUGCAGUGUGUCAAAUGACAUCGACAAAUGAUAAAGAAAAGAAUUUACAAACUGUAUGUGAACUUGCUAAAAAAGCUAAGUCAAGGUCAGCUUGUAUUGCAUUUUUCCCUGAAGCAUGUGAUUAUUUAGCAGAUAAUAAAAAAGAUAUAGUAGCUAUGGCACAGCCAUUGAAUGGAUCAACAGUAGCUUCUUACAAAGAAAUUGCAAAAAAUAAUAACAUCUGGCUCUCAUUAGGUGGAUUACACGAAGCAGUAAGCCAUUUAAAAAUACUUUCAAGUAUACAUAACACUCAUAUUAUAAUAAAUAGUGAUGGUGAAAUUGUUGGAACUUAUCGUAAAGCUCAUUUGUUUGAUAUGGACAACAAGAAUACUGGUGUUCGAUUAAUGGAAUCAGAUUAUGUGUUACCAGGAAAUGAAAUCGUACCACCUGUGUCAACACCAGUUGGUAAAUUAGGACUUAGUAUUUGUUAUGAUAUGCGUUUCCCUGAAUUAUCCCUUGCUUUGAGAAACAUGGGAGCAGAAAUUCUAACAUACCCAUCAGCAUUCACAUACCAAACUGGUGCUGCACAUUGGGAAAUAAUAUUACGCGCUCGGGCAAUAGAGACGCAAUGUUAUGUUAUAGCUGCAGCUCAAAGUGGUACACACAAUAAGAAAAGAGUGAGCUGGGGUCAUGCUGUGAUUAUAGAUCCCUGGGGAACAAUAGUGGCACAGUGUAGUGAUAAAACUGAUAUAGCCAUAGCAGAAAUAGAUUUGGGUCUUAUUCAACAAAUUCGAGACAAUAUGCCGUGUGAAAAUCAUCGUAGAACAGAUUUAUAUCCCAAAAUAGGAUCCCUAAAAGGUUCAUUCUAGACGGUUUAUAAAAUAUUUCUUAUAGGAUACU